UCUAAGGCAUCGGAUGGAGUUGGUCGAGAUCUUUCGCUACCUCAAGAGGACCGAUGUGAAGGUCACAGCUGGCAAUUUUCACCAGUUCGUACACCGCCCCGUCUAUAGGAAGUCGAUCGCGCAGUGGGACAAGGACUUUGACAAGAUUCGGUUUGAUGUGGCGCAUGGUCGAGGCGACAAAUGCAUACUCUCCAGCAAUCCAGUCGACUUGAUACGACACAUAAUGGACAAGACUGUCCUUGGGUGGCUACUAGAGGUUCGGAAGAGCAACGGCGUUGUCAGUGGUCUACAGCUCCAAGUCGCAGCCGAUUCCGUUCUUCACAUUCUUGCGGACGACAUUGCGGACGAUAUUGGUGACUUCAAUGAUAUCCCUCAUGGUCGCACCAUCUCUUUUACGACAUCGUGGCGUUCGAGGAUGACGCAGGAGUACGGUGUCGCCUACUGCAGUCUCAGAGGAGAAGCGGGAUCUGUCGACAAAGAUGCCAUCGCAGAAAGGAUGAACGAGAUCCGCAACAUAUGCGCUGACUUUAAGCCCGAUGCAACAGGAUUACCACUCGGUUACCAAGCUGCACGGGAGCUCUCCACUCACUCGUACACUACGGCGGAGUUUAAGAGUGGUGCCAAACCAGAGCGGGGGAAAUCUCGCGUGUCGAUUCUCUUCUGUGUCAACGCCUCUGGAUCUUCGCUUGACCGUGCAGACGUAACGGCUUUGAGGCCGCAAGUUCUUGCACCUUGCUCGAGGUAUCCGACCAUUGCCUGAGGUCCCUAUUGCCUCGAUGAGACAUGAAAAGGGAUACAUGACCCUGGAUCUUUUCAAGCAAUGGCUUCAUUCGCUCGACGAGAGCCUCACCAACAAGAGUCUUCUGCUUAUCGACUCAUGUGGAGCACACGGCAAGUCUGGAGGCAAGGACCCACUUGCAGGAGAGAUAUGGAAGCAUCUUCGGGUUGAGCGCCUGCCACCCAAUUCGACAUCCGUUA